GGGCGCAAAAAGAAUCUUUUAUAAAUGAGAUUAAUCCUGUGAAUUGCUCCUAUUGUGGGCAAGUACUUUGGGCUUGGUUUGGCUUACCAUAGAAGGGCGCGGAUUGAAGUUCCCAAAAUGGUGGCCAUCCAGUUGUUUAACGAAAUCCGAAGCAUAUUCCGGAAUACUCCCACGUUUGCUCUUGUCUUGGAGACCCUCCUCCUCAUAGCCGUCAUCUGGCUGCUGCUCCAUAGGCGCGGUGGAGGUCGUCGUCGGCGGUUAACCAAGGAGGAAGAGGAUAGCAUCAUAGCCAGCUAUGAGCCAGAGCCAUUGGUGGAGGACACCGAUCCGAAUCACCCGCUGCUACGCACCCGUAUCGUCCAGUCCAGGGUGGGCAAGCGCAUCAAGGUCGAUGGUCACGAGUGCCUUAAUCUGGGUUCCCACAAUUACUUGGGAUUCCUAGAGGACCAGGAGAUUCUAGAGGAUGCUUGCAAAUCCCUUCGAAAAUACGGCGUGGGAUCAUGCGGGCCAAGAGGUUUUUAUGGCACCAUGGAUGUGCACCUUGACCUGGAGGAUCGCAUUGCCAAGUUCAUGGAUCUGGAGGAAGCUAUUGUGUAUUCAUAUGGCUUCUCCACGGUUGCUAGUGCAAUCCCCGCCUACGCCAAGCGUGGUGACAUUAUCUACGUGGAUGAGGCAGUAAACUUUGCCAUUCAGAAGGGCUUGGAUGCCUCGCGAAGCACUAUUGUGUUCUUUAAGCAUAACGAUGUUGAGGAUUUGGAGCGACUGCUGCUAGAGCAGGAAAAGCGUAACCAAAAGAACCCCAAGAAGGCGCUGAAGACGCGUCGUUUCCUGGUUGCCGAGGGCAUAUACAUGAAUACUGGCGAGAUCUGCCCACUACCCGACCUCGUUGCCCUGCGACAGAAGUACAAGCUGCGUCUCUUCGUCGACGAGAGCAUAUCCUUCGGCACAUUGGGCAAGGGCGGUCGCGGAGUGACGGAGCACUUCAAUGUAGACCGAGAUGAGGUUGACUUGAUUUCCGCCGGCAUGGAGGGAUCCAUGGGCACUAUUGGCGGCUUUUGUGUGGGCUCGCACUUUAUAGCCGAGCACCAGCGCCUCUCUGGCCUGGGCUACAUCUUCUCGGCAUCGCUCCCGCCCAUGUUGACUCAAGCCGCCAUUUCGGCGCUUAACCGCUUCGAACAGAACCCAGAAAUCUUCGAGCAACUGCAAUCGAAGGCGAAAUCCCUGCACCAGAAGUUUUCCAACUUUAGCAAGCUGCGACUACGGGGCGAUGCGUUGUCGCCGGUAAAACACUUGUACCUGGCAGAGCCGGCUGUGAACUUUGAAGCGGAGCUUAAGCUACUCACUGAGCUGGCUGACAAGUGCAUCUCACAAGGAGUGGCUAUUGUGCAGGCUGCUUACUUGCAGAAUAGGGAGCGUGUUCCAGUGCGUCCCAGUAUCCGUAUAGCCGUCAACCGGCUGUUGGAUGAUGCGGACAUUACCUCGGCCUUCGAGGUCAUCGAAAAAGUCUCCCAGAGUCUUCUGUAACUCUCUCGCUUCUUGAGAAACUCGAAGCCGUAUUGUGUCUUGAUGCAGUGUUUAGUUUGAGAACACUAUUUACGUCCAAUCCAGUAUGAAAUGUUAUUGCACAACUAUGACUAACUUUGCACUUGGUUUUUAUUCAGAGCUGCAUUGCA